AGCGUCGCCUCUGCGUGCGGUGACCACACCUGCAACCGGGAAAGUCCGCUAGACCUGCGCACGGUUCAGUGAGCACGAGAGGCACACACAAACACCAUCGGAGGCUCCACAUCGGAGAAAGGUAGUCAGUCUAGUCAGAAUUAUGUUGAUUAUUGAGACUAUACUGUUUCAAACCGUCCUUUCACGCACCAAACGCACGGCAUAUGGUUUGGAUUUGGAAAUACCUCCCGGCGCAGGAACGGAGAUUUGUGGAGUCGUUCCGUUUCGAGGAUGAAUAGCGACUGGGAAUGUGCCAGCACCACGCACAGUUUGUGACUGAUGCAGACAAGCUACUGUAGAGCCAGGUGGCUGAGGUCUCGGCAGGGAGUCAGUGCAAGCUGAGAGGGGUAGUAACAUCACCGUCAACAUCACUAGGUCCUGCUGAAGAGAGGUUGAAAACAACAUCAGGUACAGGACCAGGGGGGAGGACAGCGGGGGAGACAAGUGUUUCCUUGUGCUGUUAGUUGUAUUAGUAUUUGCUAUCAAGCACACAGUCCACAAUUAAAAUAGCAUUAAGCCCAACUGAGUUGGUGUGUCUGCCAAUUGUCCCCUCACCGUGCCUGGCCACAGAGAGGGUCCCGAGGCCCCUGACUGGCUGGACUGUGACAGGAACACAGACACCGCCUGAAUAAUGAACCAUUCAGAACCUCUCUCUCUCCACAAGCCACUCCUCCAUCCAGCCCUGCCUAGCCUCAUCCCCAGACGCCUGCCUGCCUCCAGCCCCUAGCAGCUCCAGGCUCCCGGCCCCCAUGGAGCUUGGCACUGAUGCUCAGCGCAAAAACAGAUGGUGCCAAUCCUGACCCCUCUCGUCACCGAUGGACAGGAACAGGAAGAGGAGGAGGCACUGUUGCCACAGCAACUCCUGGCCACACAUCCUCUCCAAGGGCCUCAGGUAUCCAUCAGGCUGCAUUUGGUCCUUGAGCUCUGAGGGUUCAGUGACAGGACAUCCUCUCAGAGUGCAGUGGACUACCUGAUGGACCCUGUGAUCCACCAAGAGGACCUGUAAUCAAGUGAGAAGGAACUGUGAUCCGGUGAGGUAUCCAGUGAUCCAUCUGCUGUGAUUCACUGAGGACUCUAUUGAGAUCCACUCAAGAUUUCCAGAGAGAAAGAACGGUGUUCCACUGAGAGUUCCAGUGAUCCUGCUUGUGUCCUGGUAGAGUUCUCUGGUGAGCGUGUCUGUCAGGCUGGGAGGAUCAGGAUGCCAGAGCUGGAGGACUUCCCUCCGUCGCGGGGUGGCCAGCCGGCCGGUCCCGACCCUGCUCAGAUCCAGCGCAGUGUUCUGGAUGAACAGGUGGAGCUGUGGUGGUUCCGGGACCCGGCCAAGUCUCUGCUGUGCUACUGUGUGGCGGUCCUCCUUAUCCUGGGCUGCGGCCUGGGUGGCGUGCUUCUCCUCUCCACCACCACCAGUUUCUCCAGUGACUGGCGCAUGGGAGCGGGCAUGGCCCUGUGUCUCUUAGCCCUGGCCGUCCUCCUCAAACAGCUCCUGAGCUCGGCCGUGCAGGACAUGAACUGUGUGCGCAGUCGCAGGCAGAUCGAUAUCCUUAAGAGCGGAGGGCUGUCGGAUCUGUUAGUAGUGCUCAUCACGGGGCUGUGUCUGGUGGUCUGUGGGGCUGUGCUGCUGAAGCUGGCUUUGGAGCACCACAUGCCCCAGCCGGGCGUGGCCCUGAACGAUAUGUACAUCUCUGGGGUGGUGUUGUUAGCUGGAGGGGGGGCAGCGGUAGUGGGGGUAGGGGUGUACACAGGGGUGGUGAUGCUGCUGGAGAGGACCAGGCCGGGCCAGAGGUUUAGGGACAGGGCUGUGGGGCUGUUCACUAUCUCUGGACGACACAUAGACCAGGGUAGGAGGGAGACCACCUCUAGCCUGGCUAACCUCAUCUGACCACCAGAGACAUGGGAUGGGACAGGUAGCCCAGACAGGAGAUGACUGCGACACUCAUAUGGACCAGAUCUGAUCUGUGGGAGAUGCGCACUGGGGGAGGGUUGGAGCUUAUUGGCCAGCUCUGGUUUGAGGUAUGUGGCCUUGUAGUUUCUGGGCCACGUUUGUUCUGAAUGUGGGCCACAUCCACCUUGCUGUCAGGGAGGGACCAAUGGACAUCACAUUUGAAAAUGGCAUUUUAGCAUAAUGGCCAUCUUGGAAAGCCACUAUAUGUUCAUUGAGUUGUUGAUUACCACAGCACCCCUGUGGUUCUUAAAACAAUGGAAUUUUGCAGAAUCAUGAAAUACCAUGAGGAAUACAGAGCUGUGUCAACACAUGAUAUUUUUAUGGUUCAAGCAUGGGCCAUUUUAUGAGCCCAGCAGAGCACCUUUCUAUGAUGUAGAAUGAAGAGAAUCCCAGUGACACUGCACAGACACCGGACACUGAACACGGUGCAGAGAUAAUGAUUCAGAAUGUGUCCAAUGUAAUAAUAAUAAUAUCAUCCACUACAAAGCAGCAGGUGAAAAAGCUGCUGUAAGGAAUAAUCAUAUCAUAGAAUAAUGUACCCAGCAUCUCCAAACUUAAUCAAAGUGAUCAAUGACACAUUUAGUCACCUUUUCAUGUCACAGGUUUACAGCAGUGUUGGGUGGUCAAAGACCUCCAUAAGCAAGCUGUGUCAUCACUCACUUUGCUUUGCAACGCUUACCAAGAAUCUGAGGAGAACGUCCUGCAUUGUUGCCAUGGUUAAAGGGUACAAUGUGGUUUCAUUAAACAAAGCGUCUAUGUGCUUGGAUGCUGUUCUUGGAUUUAAGUUGCUGUGUGUUUUGUGUGUGUCUGGCCCUCGCACCUCCUUAUCAGGCAGUGCAUGUGAGCGGCCUGUUGCUCAGAGACAAUAGGGGUCACUGAGGCGGCCAUUGUUGUUGUACUGAUGGUUGGGCAUUGGGACAAUGGACAGACUGUGGAUCGUAAAAGGGCUGGCAUCGCCCAGUACGGCUCACCCUUACCACCCUCUCUCUCUCACACACACACACACACACAGCAUCGGCAGUGACUGUGCAAUGAGCCAGUACAGCGUGCAAUCCCUAAUUGACAAGGGACUGUUCUUGGUCUCUGCUGUGCACUGCUAUGGACAUGCCUUCUAGGUGGUGCCAGGUAUGUUUGUGUACGUAUUUUUUAUUUUUUAAAUUGUACCUUUAUUUAACUAGGCAAGUCAGUUAAGAACAAAUUCUUAUUUUCAAUGACGGCCUAGGAACAGUGGGUUAACUGCCUGUUCAGGGGCAGAACGACAGAUUUGUACCUUGUCAGCUCGGGGAUUUGAACUUGCAACCUUUCGGUUAAUAGUCCAACACUCUAACCACUAGGCUACGCUGCCGCCCCCCUAUGAUAGAGAGACGACAGCCACAAACAGUGAUGAGAGAGAAGCCAGACGGUAAGAGAGAAAGAGCUACAGAGAUGUUCAACGUGAGCUCCUGAUUUAUUUCAUUUUUUUUGUUUUUAGAAUGAGACACUCAAAUCUAAAAAAUAAUUCAAGACAAGAAGUGAUGAACAACAACUCAAUAUUCAAUCAGAAUAGAAAAAAGUCACUUUGCGCCUCAAAUUAAGAAGUCUUGACUCGCUAGCUAGCUACACCACAAAAACCUAGCCAGCAGGCUAACAUGCUAGCCAGAAAUAUUUAGCUAGAACAAACCUAGCAAGGGGUGUUAAUACAACUACAUCAAACGAUCAAACUGAGUGAGUAAACAAAAAGGAGCGCGGACUCUAACUUUAAACAUAUUCUGUUUUUUUGCUGUGAAGAUUUUUCACUUUUUUUCCGGUUUCUGAGCUAAAUUAGAGCUAGCUAGCAACAGCAGCAGACAAACAAAACCGGUUGCCAAGGCAAUGGUGCAGCAAAACAGAGCAGCAGUAGUAGCAGAGCCCACAAGCACCAUGUCCUCACUCCCCCUCAGCGCUGAGUCCAUUCUCUACUCUCCAGAGGCCAAAAUUGACACAAGGAUGAAAGCUUUAAAAAAAAAAAAACUACUAAAGGGGAGGCCAGAAACCUUUUUCGCAGACCUCUACAAAAACAAUAAUGUGAGUAAUCUCAUAUUUCUCCCUGACCAACCAAAUGCAUGGCGGUCAGCAGUCUGCUCUCACUACCCAUCCAUAAAGAAAGAAGGAAUCUGUAAUGGGUGGAAGCUGAAAGUCAAAUAGACAGAUGACCCUGACAGCGCCAUGAUAACAAUUAACCUCUACAAGACUGGGGCAAAGUAACCUUAGGCUGUUUGAAACAGACUUUCAGACCAUUAAGGAGAGAGCAGAGAGAGAAACUCCACCACCAUCACCCCCACUCUCCCCACCCAAAAAGGCACAUCCAGCAACUCUCUUCCCAUCAUAGUGGAGGACACGCCCAAGGAGGAGAGCGACCCCCUCAGUGCAGAGCAGGCUCAGGCCCUCCUCACCACCAUGGCUGCCAUGAGGGGUGAGUUCACCAAACUAGAGGGGGAGGUUGUCCUGCUCAGGGUGAGCGUGAGCAAACAGUAGCCAGACAUCCACACCUUAGAAGAGCUCCUAACCAAGGUGAGGACAGAGCAGGACAGCAGCCUUACAGGACAGCUGAAAGAGGUUCAGCAAGAGAGAGAUGGACUCGAGAGAACUGGCUGAUCUAACAAAGGAGGUGAGAGAGCUCCAAAAAGAUAGGCAGAGCAGUACAAUCUGACCACACUAAGAGAGGAGCUGCAGGAGAGAAAGAGGACAGGCUGCAGGAGAAAAAGAGGACAGGCUGCUGGAGAGAAAGGGAACAGAGGACAGGCUGCUGGAGAGAAAGGGAACAGAGGACAGGCUGCAGGAGAGAAAGAGGACAGGUUGUAGAAGAGAAAGAGGACAGGCUGCAGGAGAGAAAGAGGACAGGAGGACAGGCUGCAGGAGAGAAAGAGGACAGGCUGCAGGAGCAGUUAUAUCACCACUCUAUGACCAGCCCUCACACAGCAGAGGAGCCCACCUCAACCAGCCAGGCCUCCCCAACCCUGCCCUCACACAGCAGAGGAGCCCAGCUCAACCAGCCAGGCCUCCCUAGCCCUGCCUGCUGCACACCUCACCCCAGCCCACAGAACAGCCUCCAACUGACAGUAGCACCGGCACCGACCAGCCACACCCCAGCUCCAACACCCACCAGCCCCCACUACCCCCUCCAGUCCAGAAUAAACACUGGCUGACAUGGUCCUGUUGAUGGACUCAAAUGAGAAGUUUGUUCAGGAGAAUACAUUUUUCCCUAGACACAAAACGAGAAAGAUGUGGUGCCAACAACGCAGAGUGCCAUGGAGCUGCUUGAUAAGGCCCAGCUCGGGUCGCCAAGCCACAUAAUCAUACACACCGGAAGCAACGACCUGCGUGCUCAGCAGGAAAGGGUGGCGACUUCACCACGGGGAGUGAUUGAGAAGGCCUCCGCAAUCUUCCCAACUCAAGGAAUCUUGGUGUCAACCCUUCUACAGAGGAAGGACUUCCACCCUUCCACAAUCCAAAGAAUAAACGCCAGCCUCUCCCGCGACUGUGCCUUGCAACCCAAUGUACACCUGGCCCAUCAUCCCACCCUCAGUCUGGACUGUCUCUAUGACCAUGUUCACCUGUACAGGGAGACAGUCCCCAUCCUUGCCAAGACUCUCAAGGACGUUGCUUUAAACCGCAACCCGAUCUCUCAAAGCAGGAACAGCGGAGCAAUCUCCACCCCACCGAGAUAACACCCCGGACCAGAACUCUGGACCCCCCCCCAGCCACGGCCACAGCACCACCAACCUCAAUGCCCACCACAGCCAGCACGGCACAGACCACACCAGCUUCAGACCCAACCAGAUGAGGCCUACCACCCCCCACCGCAGACCCACACCUGGAGGAGUCAAAACCCUGCAGACAGAGCUAUGCACAGUCUGUGAGAGGAGCAACUGGCCCAGCCUCCACCAAUCAAAUGAGUGACAUUAAACAAAUGCUGAGUAUUUUAUGCUCACGUGAUAGGCCGAGGGUCAUGGUAAGAUGAGCACAAGAACUCCACCAUCCUCACACUACACCCACGCAAGUCACAUGACACAAAUGCUAUCUUAAAUGAUAAACAAAUCACAUUUGCAUAAUAAGAGUUUACGUUAAUUGAAAAAUCCUAUUGUAAUAGUUCUUGUUGGAUUGUGAGUGUAUAUCAUUUUGAAGGUAAAGAAAAACAGUUGUGAAAUCUGUUUACGUUGCAUGUUGGAAUUUACAAGGCUUGAAUUCCUCUGCUUUUGGACUAAAGAGCAGAAACACAGAUUACCUGAAAUAAAUUGAUGAUGUUGAUAUUGUA